GGAGGGACGGCCUCACGCACAUCCCCGCUCCUCCCGGCGGUCUGGUGCUGCCUGGAGAGCUGGGGCCGGCAGCCUGUGCUCUGCGGAGAAACAAACACAUUUUUGCUGCAAGGACAAGUCCCCUGGUAGCCCGGCACUCGGCCGGCCCCUCCGAGACACAGAUGGAGAGAAGUGGUCCCUAAAGGGCCCUGCAGGGCUUGGUGUCUCUGAGCCAGGCAUGCCGGUGAAGUCACAGCUUGGCUGGGCUCCACCCAGAGAUCUCGUGGUUUCCUCCGCCUGCCGGGCCUGCCUGGAAGGCUGCAGGGAGGGUCGGGGUUUCUCUUGCUGUCCACACCUGGGCAAGAGCUGAGCAGAAGAGAAGGGGUCCUCAGAGAGACGCCUUCCUGACCAGCCCCGUUCCAGCCGGACGCCGUGUGACUCGGAGGAGCUGGUGGACACUGAACAGGAGCCGCCCAGAGGCUCUGGGGACUGGAACCCGCGGCUGCAGCCAGGACAGAUCCAAGGCCCAGGGUCAGAGCAGGCAGGGCUCCGUCGCGCCUCUGCCCCAAACGGUGAGUGGCGCAGGUGGCUGGAUCAAGGGGCAUCAGGAGAAAGAGCGAGCAGCAGCAGCACCCCCUGUCCCCCAGCCUACGAUGGAGUCCAGAGAAGCUGGACAGCGUGCAGGGGCUGCCGACGGCGCCCAGGAGGAUGUGGCCUUCAACCUCGUCAUCCUGUCCCUCACUGAGGGGCUCGGCCUCGGUGGGCUGCUGGGGAACGGGGCGGUCCUCUGGCUGCUCAGCUCCAAUGUCUACAGAAACCCCUUCGCCAUCUACCUCCUGGACGUGGCCUGCGCGGACCUCAUCUUCCUUGGCUGCCACAUGGUGGCCAUCAUCCCCGACUUGCUGCAAGGCCAGCUGGACUUCCCAGGCUUCGUGCAGACCAGCCUGGCCACGCUGCGCUUCUUCUGCUACAUCGUGGGCCUGAGUCUCCUGGUGGCCGUCAGCGUGGAGCAGUGCCUGGCCGCCCUCUUCCCAGCCUGGUACUCGUGCCGCCGCCCACGCCACCUGACCACCUGCGUGUGUGCCCUCACCUGGGCCUGUUGCCUGCUGCUGCACCUGCUGCUCAGCGGUGCCUGCACCCAGUUCUUCGGGGAGCCCAGCCGCCACCUGUGCCGGACACUGUGGCUGGUAGCAGCGGUGCUGCUGGCUGUGCUGUGCUGCACCAUGUGUGGGGCCAGCCUUAUGCUGCUGCUGCAAGUGGAGCGAGGCCCCCAGCGGCCCCCGCCCCGGGGCUUCCCCACGCUCAUCCUCCUGGCCGUCCUCCUCUUCCUCUUCUGCGGCCUGCCCUUCGGCAUCUACUGGCUGUCCCGGAACCUGCUCUGGCACAUCCCCCACUACUUCUACCACUUCAGCUUCCUCACGGCCGCUGUGUACUGCGCAGCCAAGCCCGUCGUCUACUUCUGCCUGGGCAGUGCCCAGGGCCGCAGGCUGCCCCUCCGGCUGGUCCUCCAGCGAGCGCUGGGAGACGAGGCUGAGCUGGGGGCCGUCAGGGAGACCUCCCGCCGGGGCCUGGUGGACAUAGCAGCCUGAGACCUGGGGGCCCCGUCCCCAGCUGCAGCCCCCAUGAGGCAGGAGGGUGACUUGGGGAAGGCAGUGGGGUCAGAGGCUGGGGCCAGCUGGACCUGGAGGAGGCCUUGAUGGGUGGCCCAGUCAUGUGCUGCCAAAUCUGUGACCGUCGGUCCGGAGCACAAGGCUCCCCUGGGAGGCAGCUGGAAAGGCAAGGUCUCCACAUGCCCAGGCAGGUGGGCUGGGUCUCUGGGGAGAAGGCCCAGGAAUGUGCAUUUUUGGGAAACCUCCCCAAUGGUUCAUGCACUGGCACUCGAGAGCUGCUGCUGCUACCCAUUCCGUGCUCAGCUGCGGUGAGGAGACCCCGGAAAGGAAGGAAGCGAGGCCAGACGCCAGGUGAGGGGCAGGUCCAGGCCCUCCCACAGCCCACCUCCCCUCCCACUCCAGCUUCCCCAGUGCUGCAGGGGCACCCACAGAGAACACAGCCAUUCCCUCAGCUCGCCAUGUUCCCUCUGUGGAAGCUAAAUUGACCCUAAAAUUGAAGACUGCUCAAAACUUGACCCCCUCCCCCGACGAACUGUGUCCAAAGCAGCCAGCAGCCUUUUUGACCCGGGUCCAUUACGUUGUCAUGAGUUUUCAGCAGGAAAAUGCGGUGAUACCGCAAAGCCACUCAUUCUAUCAGCCUAAGGGUGUGCAUUGAUCAAAAGCUGUACCCCCAACCCCAGCACAGAUGCUGUGAGGAAAAGCAGGGGCUGAGGCUUCUAGAAGGCUGUGGGGCUGUCCUUGGUCAUCAGGCCGUUGCUCAAGGCCAUGCCACUGGAUGAUGCAACCCUCACUCGGAGCUUCAGAAAAGCCGGCCCCAUGGGUGACCCUGGAUAUUAGAGGAUGCUCCCUGGGUGGGUGGAGAGGUUCCUUACAGCCCUACCCAGCAGCCUGCAGCCCUGUCUCCCCACAGGACCCAGGCCUUCAGCAACCGGAAAGCUUCCCACUGGCCCUAUACAAGGCAGCUCACCUGCCUCUGUCCUGAGCAGUCCCGCUCCAGAGGAUCCCUCUAAGGAAGGAACCCAGGCUUCACCCCUCAACGGGUUUUGAGCUUCCCCUGAGUGCCGGGCCUGGCUGCCAUCUAGGAGCAUGUGCCAGAGGGUGCCAGAGCAGGGCCUUUGGAGCCCACAACCUGAGCUGAGCCCUACUAGCCACCCCACUGUGCGGCCAAGGCCAUCUCUGAACAUCCCUAUGCCUCUGCUUGCUCAUCUGUAAAAUAUGAGAACCCAGUUCUUUGAGUCUUUGAGACCUGUCCAGCCUCUUGUGAGCCCAAGAGAAAUGAUUGUCGAUUCUACUGCUGCCAGCGCCGCCAUCCAAGCCCACAGCACAAUUCUCAGCCACAGACUAAGGCAUCUGAGCGUGUUUUCUUUGAUUUCUGCCUCCGGCCUCCAUGCCUGGUGAUGGAGGGACAUUCCCUCUGGGCCAUGGCUGAGCCUGUCUCCCCUGAGUCUGGGUGUGAGUCGCAAAUCCCUGGUCAGCACCCUGGAAUCCGGCUCCACCAUGGGGGCUGCACCGGGCCCCUCCCAGCCCACACAGUGCGUUCACCCCAGGCUCCCGCACAUGCCCAGCAAGCCUGGGUCCAGGUAUCCCUUGAGACUGGGAGCCCCAGGGGCUGGACCACCUGUCCUAGAGCACCUCCAGCCCCCACCUGGGGACUUACUUCCUCCCAAAUGAUCUCUGGCCCAGGAUCUGGGCAGGGCCGUCUCUCCCCACCUCCCAAAUGAUCUCUGGCCCAGGAUCUGGGCAGGGCCCUCUCUCCCCACUUCCAGGACAUGAUUAGCAACUUCAGUUCCUUAGCUGGAAACGAGAACAGAAAGGGAAGUGGCGUGUCUGCAAAUUCCACUUUCAGCCCCAGGACAUAAACUUCCCCCAAAACAAGAAAGAACCAGGAGGAAAAGCACAGAUUCAUCUCACGGACAUGACCUCACCGUGGACACGAUCCCGGGGAAUCCUUGUAAUAAUGUAGGAAGGUGCUCCCACUCUACAGAUGAGACCACCAAGGCUCAGAGGGGCGAUGUGGCCACUCAGGACCACAAGAAAGCGGCAGAGCCAGAAGGUGACUCCCAGCACCACCCUCCCACCCCACACCCUCCGCCUCACUGGACCACGGCUGGCUCAGCCCCACACUGGCUCCCCCAACCCUAGCCCCAUCCCCACCCAGACCCCUUUGCUGCAUAAGGGUCCGGAGAGGUCGGGGACCGUUAGGAUGCUCACUUCUUCCCGGAGAGCCUGCCCCCGGCGCCCAGGGGACUGGGGCGACUCUAGAUUCCUCCUUAUUAGUCCCUUCCUGAGGAGUCCGGGAAAUGUGGCCUCAUCUGAGGUCUCCAUGGAAACUGCGCCCAGCCCGUCCCCACUCAAGCAGCUGGUGUGGCAGCAGGUAUACGGCCUGAUGGCCCAGGAUGCUGGUGGGGUGUCCCCGUGGCCCCAGAUCUGCCAGCUUAGCCUCCAGUUCUGUGGUCCCUGAGACCUCAGGACUUUAGGACCAUGUGGGCCGGUCUCCAAACUGGAGGCUGAGCUUCCGUGAAGGCUCCCACCUGCCCCUGCCUGGCCUGCGCCGCCUCUGACCUCCCCCGCUGCACCUGCUCUUCUGCUCCCAGAGCCACAAGGCCCCACCAGGGACCC